CGUUCACUUGCUUUAAGGUACGUCUCAAGUAAGGUUGUAGUCAGUUUUAUAAUUCAUUAAAUAACAAUGGCUGAUGAAGGUGAUGUUGCUGCUCUGGUAGUGGACAAUGGUUCCGGAAUGUGCAAGGCGGGCUUCGCCGGAGACGACGCGCCCAGGGCCGUCUUCCCCUCCAUCGUCGGCAGACCCAGGCAUCAGGGUGUGAUGGUUGGCAUGGGACAAAAAGACAGCUAUGUGGGAGACGAGGCCCAGAGCAAGAGAGGUAUCCUCACCCUCAAGUACCCCAUUGAGCACGGCAUUGUCACCAACUGGGACGACAUGGAGAAGAUCUGGCAUCACACUUUCUACAACGAGCUCCGUGUUGCCCCCGAGGAACACCCCGUUCUGCUCACCGAGGCCCCCCUCAACCCCAAGGCCAACAGGGAAAAGAUGACCCAGAUCAUGUUUGAGACCUUCAACACACCCGCCAUGUACGUGGCCAUCCAGGCUGUACUCUCCCUGUACGCUUCCGGCCGUACCACCGGUAUUGUGAUGGACUCCGGUGACGGUGUGUCCCACACUGUCCCCAUCUACGAGGGUUACGCCCUGCCCCACGCCAUCCUCCGUCUUGAUCUGGCAGGCAGAGAUCUUACCGACUACCUGAUGAAGAUCCUCACAGAGCGCGGCUAUUCUUUCACCACCACAGCCGAGCGUGAAAUCGUCAGAGACAUUAAGGAAAAGCUUUGUUACGUCGCCCUGGACUUUGAACAGGAAAUGCAAACAGCCGCCUCCUCUAGUUCGCUCGAGAAGAGCUACGAGCUCCCCGACGGCCAGGUAAUCACCAUUGGCAAUGAGCGUUUCCGUUGCCCUGAGGCCAUGUUCCAGCCAUCAUUCCUCGGUAUGGAAUCCGCCGGCAUCCAUGAAACUACAUACAACAGUAUCAUGAAGUGCGACGUCGACAUCCGUAAGGAUCUGUAUGCAAACACCGUUUUGUCUGGUGGUUCAACAAUGUUCCCCGGUAUUGCAGACAGGAUGCAGAAGGAAAUAACCGCGCUUGCCCCACCCACCAUGAAGAUCAAGAUCAUCGCUCCCCCAGAGCGGAAGUACUCCGUCUGGAUCGGCGGCUCCAUCCUGGCGUCCCUAUCCACCUUCCAGCAGAUGUGGAUCAGCAAGCAGGAAUACGACGAGUCCGGCCCAUCCAUCGUCCACAGGAAAUGCUUCUAAGAUAUUACAGUGUUAGGUUAUUGACUUGAAAUUUGCUUGUGAUCGUACCUUGAUGUAGCCUUUCUGUGCAAUUGUUAUUUUUAACACGUAUUUCUCUACUUUUUAUAUAAAAAAAUAAACACAAAAACGUUA